AAAAUCAACUAUGACCAAUUCACCCACUCACAUCUCGCCACGUUUCACUCCAAACAAGAUAACCAUCCAAACAUCUUUUAAGUCGCAUCACACUUUCUCUCUCUAAAAAAACACAUUCCUCGCAAAACACCGUUGCUCCUCCCCGCAACCUCCCCCGAUUGUCAAUUUGGAUCUUCAUGAGUUCAACAACCACUGGAGCAUACUUGGUUUCCUGUAAUUCGGGAAACAAGAACAACGGUCUCUUCUGCUGGAUUUUGAUCUGCUUGCUACCAAAAUUCUUGGGAACUGCCUUUGCAUACAUUAACUUCCUUCUCAUUCAGGCUAUUGAUAGGAGUCCAUCUGCAGUGAGGGUUCGUUUGAUUAACGUAUAGUUUUUUAUUAGUUUGGUCAUCAGCAUCGUUAGAGAUUAGAUCGUUUGUUUGGUAAGUGGUGAAAAAUGGUUUCCUCUCAGUUUUCUGGUAUGAGUGUGGCUGGCAUGUGUAAACCGUUGCUCUUUCCUGUUAAUGAUCCUGGUAGUGCGACCACGGAUCAAGUUGAGAUGGAUUUCUCUGAUGUUUUUGGUCCUCUUACUGUUGAAGUCAAUAAUAAUUUUUCUUUUGACUCUGUUGAUGAAUCGAGCGAGUUGGUUUAUGAUGACCCGGAAGUUAUCGUUACUCGUUCGCAUUCUCUGGUUGGUCCUUCUAAUUGUGUUAGUCAGUCACUCAAACUCAGUAAGCUCACCAUUCAUGAGUCUGACUCGGACAAUUUGUUGGAGAUAGUGGAGAGUGUUAGUGAAGAGACCAUUGAAGACGUCAAAGAGGUUAUCGAUGAGGAAUCUUUGAAUGAUGAAGACAGGAGCCUCGUGGAGAUCCAGAGAGUUAGCAUUGAAGAUUUUGAGGUUUUGAAGGUUGUGGGGCAGGGUGCGUUUGCAAAAGUAUAUCAGGUGAGGAAAAAGGGCACUUCGGAAAUAUAUGCUAUGAAGGUUAUGCGGAAGGAUAAGAUUAUGGAGAAAAACCAUGCCGAAUACAUGAAAGCUGAGAGGGAGAUUUUGACAAAGAUUGAGCACCCCUUUGUUGUGCAACUUAGAUACUCUUUUCAGACAAAAUACAGAUUGUAUCUUGUGCUGGAUUUUGUAAAUGGGGGCCAUCUCUUCUUUCAGCUAUAUCACCAGGGCCUUUUCAGAGAGGAUCUUGCACGCAUAUAUGCCGCCGAGAUUGUUUCUGCAGUUUCCCAUCUCCACUCAAAGGGAAUAAUGCACAGAGAUCUAAAACCUGAAAAUAUCCUUAUGGAUGUCGAUGGCCAUGUUAUGUUGACUGAUUUCGGCUUAGCAAAACAAUUUGAAGAAAGUACAAGAUCUAAUUCGAUGUGUGGUACAUUAGAGUACAUGGCACCUGAGAUUAUUCUUGGCAAGGGCCAUGAUAAGGCUGCUGAUUGGUGGAGUGUAGGCGUCUUACUGUUUGAGAUGCUCACUGGGAAGCCGCCCUUCAGUGGUGGGAACCGUGAGAAGAUUCAGCAGAAGAUAGUGAAAGAUAAGAUUAAGCUGCCAGGAUAUUUGUCAAGUGAAGCACAUGCACUGUUGAAAGGGCUGCUACAGAAGGAAGCACCAAAGCGGUUGGGUUGUGGAGCUAAAGGGUUUGCGGAAAUUAAAGGGCACAAGUGGUUCAAACCAAUCAAUUGGAAGAAGUUGGAUGCACGUGAAAUCCAACCAAGCUUUAGGCCAGAAGUAGCCGGAAAGUACUGUGUUGCAAACUUUGAGAAGCGCUGGACUGAUAUGCCUGUUGUUGAUUCACCAGCUGCAAGCCCAAAUGGUGGAAAUCCCUUCAAGGACUUCUCUUAUGUCAGACCUGCAGCCUCUUUUCUUCAACAGAAUAGCCCUGCUUGCUAAACUCCAUUUCUUGCAUUUGUUUAAGAUGACACUUUUUCUUAUAAGCACUGUCAUAGGAAUUGCCAUCAAGAAUAAUUUUCCUCGGCCUUUUCAUUAGUAGCUAAUUUGAACUUUGUAGUAUGUGCCUUUGUGGCUCUACAAUUGUUGAGCCGACUUUGCUAGAACCUGUGAUUUGGAGAAAAUAAAUUGUUAUUUAUGCACUGUUAAACAA